AUGGGAGGACCUUCGGCGGAAGAGCUUUUGAAACGUGCAGAGAAAAAGGCCUCGUCAACAGGAGGAUGGUUCACUUCCAAGCAGAGCAAGCUUGAGGAGGCUGUUGAGUUGUUCAAAGAAGCGGCCAACAAGCUCCGGGCUGAAAACCGCAUGGAGGACGCGGGUCGUGUGUUGGUCAAGACGGCCGAGCUAGAGAUCGAGACGAAUGAGCGGGACUUUGCUGCAAACACAUACUUUGAAGCAAGCAAGUGUUACAGGAUGGUGCGUCCUGACCAGGCUGUCAUUGCGUUGGGUCGCUGCUCAGACUUGCUUGUGGAGCGUGGCCGUUUCCGCCAAGCUGCGGAUCGACAGAAGAACAUGGCUGAGCUAUACCGAGAGGAUCCAAGUCGUCUUGAUCAAGGACUUGAGGCAUAUGAGCGUGCAGCGCACUGGUAUAUCCAGGAGGGUGCCACGGCAACAGCAUCUGCUUGCCAGCGGGAAGCAGCCCAACUGGCCAUUCAGCUCCAGCAAUAUCCAAGGGCCAUUGAACUGUGGGAAGCAGUGGCCACAUCAAGUCUCAACAGCAAUUUGACCAAGUACAGCGUGAAGGAGUACUACUUGAAUGCUGGUCUUUCUUACCUGGCUAUUCCUGAUCAUGGCGCUGCCACCCGGGCUAUGGCGUUUUAUGCACAGCAGGAUCCGUCGUUCCCAUCGACGACAGAGGCGCAGUUCCUCCAUGGCGUUCUUGAGGCGUGCGAACACAGCGAUCUUGAUGCCUUCGAUGCAAGGGUACGUGAUUUCGACCGGUUGAAGCCGAUCACCGGCUGGCGUGCCACUCUUUUGCAUUCAGUUCGUAACACGGUCGCGGAUGGACCGGAUCUAUCAUAA